CCCUCCUCCGCCCCCGCGCGGCUUUCUGUCUGGCCAGUCGCGCGUGGGCUGAGGCCCUGGGCGGGCGUUGCGAAGGGUUGUUUGCUUGAGCUCGGACCCCGAGACAGAACAGGGUUUUCUCCGUGUGUGAGUGUGUGUGUGUAUGUGAAGGGGGAGCGGGUGACGCACCCCCUGCCUAGCGUGAAUGGGCUGUCCCGUGGGCUGCUGAAAGCAGACUGGGGAGUUUCGGGGCCGCGGCCAUGAACUCACCUGUGGACCCCAGCGCUAGGCAGGCGCUGAAGAAGAAGCCACCGGAGCGGACUCCAGAGGACUUAAAUACUAUUUAUUCGUAUCUUCAUGGAAUGGAAAUAUUAUCAAAUCUCAGGGAACAUCAGCUUAGAUUGAUGUCUGCAAGAGCACGCUAUGAGAGAUACAGUGGCAAUCAGAUUCUUUUUUGUUCAGAAACUAUUGCUAGAUGUUGGUAUAUCCUGCUUUCUGGGUCUGUGCUUGUGAAAGACUCCAUGGUGUUGCCUCCUUGCAGUUUUGGUAAGCAGUUUGGAGGAAAAAGAGGAUGUGAUUGUCUUGUAUUAGAGCCUUCAGAAAUGAUUGUGGUAGAGAAUUCCAAAGAUAAUGAAGAUAGUAUUCUACAAAGAGAAAUUCCUGCCAGACAGUCUCGACGAAGGUUUCGGAAAAUUAACCAUAAUGGAGAGCGCCAAACCAUUACUGAUGAUGCGGACGUUAACAGCUAUCUCUCUCUUCCAGCUGAUCUUACCAAGAUGCACCUUACAGACAACCCUCAUCCACAAGUGACUCAUGUGUCUUCUAGUCAGUCUGGUUGUAGCAUUGCCAGUGACUCCGGGAGCAGCAGUUUGUCUGAUAUCUAUCAGGCUACUGAGAGUGAGGUAGGAGAUGUAGAUUUAACACGUCUUCCAGAAGGACCUGUUGAUUCUGAGGAUGAAGAAGAGGAAGAUGAAGAGAUUGAUCGAACAGAUCCAUUGCAGGGGCGAGAUCUUGUUCGAGAAUGUCUUGAAAAAGAGCCUGCAGACAAAACUGAUGAUGAUAUUGAACAAUUACUGGAGUUCAUGCACCAGCUCCCUGCUUUUGCAAACAUGACCAUGUCUGUGAGGAGAGAACUCUGUUCAGUGAUGAUUUUUGAAGUGGUAGAGCAGGCUGGAGCUAUUAUUCUUGAAGAUGGGCAAGAGCUUGACUCAUGGUAUGUUAUUUUAAACGGCACUGUAGAAAUCAGUCAUCCAGAUGGAAAAGUUGAAAAUCUCUUUAUGGGAAAUAGUUUUGGAAUUACUCCAACUCUGGAUAAGCAGUACAUGCAUGGAAUUGCCAGGACUAAAGUAGAUGAUUGUCAGUUUGUUUGCAUAGCCCAACAGGAUUAUUGGAGAAUUUUAAAUCAUGUGGAAAAAAAUACCCAUAAAGUUGAGGAAGAGGGUGAAAUUGUUAUGGUUCAUGAGCACCGGGAACUAGACCGGAGUGGAACCAGGAAAGGACAUAUUGUAAUUAAGGCAACACCUGAGCGCCUCAUCAUGCAUUUAAUAGAAGAGCAUUCUAUUGUGGACCCAACUUAUAUAGAAGAUUUCCUAUUAACUUACAGGACAUUUCUUGAAAGUCCUUUAGAUGUUGGGAUCAAAUUGUUGGAAUGGUUUAAGAUCGACAGCUUAAGGGAUAAGGUGACACGGAUUAUAUUAUUAUGGGUAAAUAAUCAUUUUAAUGAUUUCGAAGGUGAUCCAGCUAUGACUCAAUUUCUAGAGGAAUUUGAAAAAAAUCUGGAAGAUACAAAAAUGAACGGUCAUCUCCGGUUAUUGAAUAUUGCCUGUGCUGCAAAGGCUAAAUGGAGGCAGGUUGUGCUGCAAAAAGCCGCCCGUGAGUCUCCUCUGCGUUUCAGCCUUAAUGGAGGAAGUGAAAAAGGAUUUGGUAUUUUUGUUGAAGGAGUAGAACCUGGUAGCAAAGCUGCUGAUGCAGGACUGAAACGUGGUGAUCAGAUAAUGGAAGUAAAUGGACAAAACUUUGAGAAUAUUACAUUUGUGAAAGCCCUUGAAAUUCUGAGGAACAACACUCAUCUUGCGCUUACUGUAAAGACCAACAUUUUUGUGUUCAAAGAACUCCUUAGUAGGACUGAACAAGAGAAAUCUGGUGUCCCUCAUAUUCCCAAAAUUGCUGAAAAGAAAAGUAAUCGCCACUCAAUCCAGGAUGUACCAGCAGAUAUUGACCAGACAUCACAAGAGAAAGGAAAUAAGAAAGUUAAAGCAAAUACUGUUUCAGGCGGGAGAAACAAAAUCAGGAAAAUUUUGGAUAAAACACGAUUUAGUAUCUUGCCUCCAAAAUUAUUUAGUGAUGGAGGACUGAGCCAGUCACAAGAUGACAGUAUUGUGGGAACGAGGCACUGUAGGCACAGUCUGGCUAUAAUGCCUAUUCCUGGAACACUCUCAUCUAGCAGCCCUGAUCUCCUGCAGCCUACCACCAGCAUGUUGGAUUUUUCCAAUCCUUCAGCUGUUGGUUUUUACUAUAUUCCAGACCAAGUUAUAAGAGUUUUCAAAGCAGAUCAACAAAGUUGCUACAUUAUCAUCAGUAAAGACACUACAGCUAAAGAAGUGGUUUCUCAAGCUGUUCAUGAAUUUGGUUUGACCGGUGCACCCGAGACAUACUCUCUCUGUGAAGUUUCUGUCACUCCUGAAGGUGUCAUAAAACAAAGACGACUUCCAGAUCAAUUCUCCAAACUAGCUGAUAGGAUUCAACUCAAUGGAAGGUAUUAUUUAAAAAAUAAUAUGGAGACAGAAACCUUAUGUUCAGAUGAAGAUGCUCAAGAACUAGUCAAGGAAAGCCAACUGUCUAUGCUGCAGCUCAGUACCAUUGAGGUGGCCACCCAGCUGUCAAUGAGAGACUUUGACUUGUUCCGUAAUAUUGAGCCUACUGAAUACAUUGAUGACCUUUUUAAGUUAGAGUCCAAAACAGGAAAUACUCACCUGAAAGAGUUUGAGGACAUUGUCAAUCAAGAGACAUUCUGGGUUGCCUCUGAGAUCUUAACUGAAUCAAAUCAACUUAAGCGAAUGAAAAUCAUUAAGCAUUUCAUUAAAAUUGCACUUCAUUGCCGAGAAUGUAAGAACUUUAAUUCCAUGUUUGCAAUAAUAAGUGGCUUGAACUUGGCACCUGUAGCACGACUCAGAGGUACUUGGGAAAAGUUACCAAGCAAAUAUGAAAAGCAUCUCCAAGAUCUACAAGACCUUUUUGAUCCAUCUAGAAAUAUGGCAAAGUAUAGAAAUAUUCUGAGUAGUCAAAGCAUGCAGCCUCCAAUUAUUCCACUCUUCCCUGUUGUCAAGAAAGAUAUGACAUUUCUACAUGAAGGAAAUGAUUCUAAAGUAGAUGGUUUAGUAAACUUUGAGAAAUUAAGGAUGAUUGCCAAGGAAAUCCGUCAAGUUGUUCGAAUGACUUCUGCUAACAUGGACCCAGCUAUGAUGUUCCGACAAAGGAAGAAGAGGUGGCGGAGUCUGGGGUCAUUGAGUCAAGGCAGCACAAAUUCAAACAUGCUGGAUGUUCAGGGAGGAGCUCAUAAAAAAAGGGCACGCCGCAGUUCUCUACUUAAUGCCAAGAAGCUAUACGAGGAUGCCCAGAUGGCAAGGAAAGUAAAGCAGUAUCUUUCCUGUCUGGAUAUAGAGACAGAUGAAGAGAAAUUCCAGAUGAUGUCAUUGCAGUGGGAGCCUGCAUAUGGUACCCUAACCAAAAAUUUGAAUGAGAAAAGAUCAGCCAAAUCAUCGGAAAUGUCUCCAGUACCUAUGAGGUCAGCUGGCCAAACAACCAAAGCCCACUUGCAUCAGCCCCACAGAGUAAGCCAGGUGCUUCAGGUGCCAGCUGUUAAUUUGCACCCCAUCAGGAAGAAGGGACAAGCAAAAGAUACUGCAAUGAGUACAGGGUUACCUCAGAAAGUUUUAGGAACAACUGAAGAAAUCAGUGGUAAGAAACAUACGGAAGACACUAUUUCUGUGGCGUCAUCCUUACAUUCUAGUCCACCUGCAUCUCCUCAAGGUUCGCCUCGUAAAGGUUAUACACUUACACCAUCAGCUAAAUCUGACAACUUGUCUGACUCCAGCCAUAGCGAGAUUUCCUCACGGUCAAGCAUCGUAAGCAAUUGUUCUGUCGACUCCAUGUCUGCAGCUCUGCAGGAUGAACGGUGUUCCUCUCAGGCUCUGGCAGUUCCUGAAUCCAGUGGGGCACUGGAAAAGACAGAGCGCCCCUCAGGAAUAGGAGACCAUAGUCAGCUUGGGCCUGGGUGGACACUCUCAAAGCCAUCUCUACUCAAGGGUUUAGUUGUCUCAUCUUCUAUGAGCAGUGAAGAGAUAUCUCAUGAACAUAUCCUUAUAGAAGCAGCUGACAGUGGUCGUGGAAGUUGGACUUCCUGUUCAAGCAGCUCCCAUGACAAUUUCCAAAGCCUUCCAAACCCAAAAAGCUGGGAUAUUUUGAACUCUUAUAAACAUACCCAUUUGGAGGACCCCAUUGCUGAGGUUGAACCCACUGACUGUGAGCCCUAUUCCUGCCCUAAAGGCUGUUCUAGAACUUGCGGUCAGUGUAAAGGAAGCCGAGAGCCCAAUCAGUUGCGGCAGAGCUGGACAUCCUCCAGCUCCCUAUCUGACACAUACGAACCAAACUACGGGACAGUUAAACGGAGAGUGUUGGAGAGCACCCCAGCCGAAUCAUCUGAAGUCUUGGAGCCCAAGAAUGCCACAGACCCAGCUUAUAAAACUGUCACUUCAAGUACAGAAAAGGGCUUGAUUGUGUACUGUGUCACCUCACCCAAGAAGGACGAUAGGUAUAGGGAGCCACCUCCUACUCCUCCAGGAUAUAUGGGGAUUUCUUUAGCAGACCUAAAGGAAGGACCCCACCCGCACCUAAAACCUCCAGAUUAUAGUGUGGCAGUGCAGAGGUCAAAGAUGAUGCCUAACAGCCUGUCUAGACUGCCACCAGCUUCUCUCAGUAGCAACCCUGUGGCCCGUGUUCCAUCGAAGACUGUAACUCAGCCUCAGAGGCACAAUUUGCAGCCAUCCCAUCCUAAACUAGCAGAUGUGCCUGACGCAGAUAGCGAAGCAGAUGAAAACGAACAGGUUUCAGCAGUCUAGCCUUUGGGUGACCCAUGUGAAAACCGCUGAAAAUCAUGGAGGGGUGGGCAGAGCCACCUCAUGAUUCCCAGGCCAUUGCCAGCAAACACCUUGAUGCUACUGCUAACCCAAAGGUUCUAGCUCCUGUGUUCUGCGCAGUGCGCUACACCUGAGUCGGCCCUUUCACGUAACCCCUGCAGAUGCGUAGUCUCCCCAGCUGUGGAUGUUGUGCCUGGAGACCAGUCUCUACUUUGCACGCCAGACCUGCCUUGGGACCACAGUUCCAGAACAGAUUCAAACUGAGUCAUCCCCAUGUAUAUCACUAUAGAUUUUCAUUUAGCAAAUUAUUUUAAAGAAGCAGCGUUCUUAUUUCCAAGCCAUAGCUUGGGCUGAAGGACAAAUUAAAAAUGUCUGCUGAUACCUAGUAUGUUGUUAUGUAUUUGAAAAUAAUUUAUUGUUUGAAGUGUUGUGGUUUUGUUUGUAUUUGGGAACUCUUACUAGCUGAUGUUUAUAUUUGAGGUCAUAAAACUGUCUCUAGUCUGACCAAAUGAAAGUCAUCUUUACAGAGAUGAUAUGCUUGAUCUUUACAGAGAUGAAGCUUGAUCUGUAGCGUCAAUGCAGUGGACGGUCUCCUGAGCGGAAUACGAAACCUGCGGUGGAGGUGUUAGGAAGCCGCUGGCCAUGGUGUGAAAGGCCAAAGGAGGCUGGAUUUCUUGUCAGUCUUUAGAGAGAAGGGAGGAGGGGUUAGGAUGGGGUGGGUAGAACCCUGAUUUCCAAAACAUGAAAUUUGAUGUUAAAUGACAUGUAUAUACACAUUUUCUUCUGAAGUGAAAGUCAUGCUGCAUCUAAUUAUAACUAAAAUAUUAAUCUAAUAAAUAAUGGGUUUUAGCAAGUUCUUCUUUAUAGAAGUCCAAAACUAAAAUUUCUCACAAGUAGUAUAAAGGUCUUUUUUAAAAAGAAGUAUAACCAUUUUUUUAAAAGAAAUAUAACCAAUUACAAUUGGGGUUGUAAUCAUGAAGGUGAAUUUGACAUUAUGCAGUGUUCUGCAACAUACCACUCACACAUCUUAGAGCACCAAGUUGUCUCCAGUUUUGAUAAACUCUGCAGCUCUUAGUUACCUAGAGUAAAAGGUCUACCAAAGUAUUUAAUUGGCUGAAUUUUUUGUAGGAAAAGAGGAGAUAGAAUUACAAAAAUUAUUAUCUCUUCAUUCUCAGUUUAGCCCUUGAGAAGGACAUACCUUCCCCACCUCUUUAACUUGGCACACUUAAUUUAAGUAUUUAAUUAAAAUUUCAGUGACUGUUUACUGAAUGGGGUAGAUUUUUCACAUUUUUACAAAUUAAAUAUAUUAUUUUCUAUGUAUUAAGUUUAAUUUCUUUUAGUGUGAAGACAAGUGAGAUUUUAAUAAACUUUAAAUACCAAAAAAAAAACAAAAAAACAAAAAAAAAAACAAGCCAAAGCCUUUUAUGUGCACUACGCAGAUCAACUUGGAGCCAAAAUGGGUUUACUUCUGAAUAGUUGUUCAAAUGUAACCAUGUGUGAUUUUAAUUGGUUUGUGACUUCCACUUUAGGAGUUUUCUUUCUCUAGCUGUCUCACCCCCGUGUCUUUCUACCUAUGUUUGUUUUGAAAUCACAUCAGUUCCAAGUGGGAAAUGGUAGUGGUUCAUCUUUUCCAUCAAAAUGAUUGUGUCUUCAUUUUAGGAAAAAUAAUGUUUCUGAGAAAUUCUCUUGGGUUAAAAAAAAAAAAAAAAAAAAAAAACAUUAAUCCGAAAGUUAAGCCUUAGACAUUAAACCCAGGUUUGUUAGUGGCUUCAUAGCUUUCUUUGGCUCUUUUAAAUAGAGAGUAGUCUGAAUCGAAAAUCCUGAUUUGAAAGUCACAUUCUAGUGACUGGGCCUAUAGACAGUGUCUGGUGAUAUAAUUAAACAGUGGUUGUCUGAUUAUCAUUUUUUUCCUUCACUGAUUUACACAAUGUUGUGUUCAUGUCCACAGCAAAACAAAGAAAGUGAAAGAUAUUUUUGCUAUACCCACCUUUUUAUCAUAUUUGGGUAUCUAUCAUCACCAUUUUAUAUCCAUUACUCUAGAAAAAAAAAAAAAGAUGUCCUGUUUGCACAGUAUCUGUUUCUUUAGCAGGUUUUUCAAACCAAAUGGAAGCCUUACCUGUCUUUGUCCUUAAAGGUGUGAAUAAUACCGUGCACAGAGUUGAGGCCUGUGGUUUUUAGACUUGCACCUUGUAGCUGCCUUUGUUUUAUCUACCUGUAACUGUGAGUGUUUGGUUCAGCCGAUCACAUUGAUCAGAAACUAAGGCCAAAUGCUUUGUAGUCUGAUAUAUAUGUAUCCUUGAAAAAAAUUGUGAGGUUCUGAUUUUUAUAUUUUAAUUCACUAUACAUUUCUGCCUUCUCUUAGUUGGUCAUGUGACUAGAGACAAGAGAAGCCUUAACCUGUAUUUGCUCAGUUCCAAAUUCCCAUUUGUUUUUGUUUUUAUUUUAUAAAUUUUUAACUUUAAUGAAAAAAACUAGUGUUCUCUCUUCCCACCUCAACCUUGAGUCUGCCAACACUAUCGAAGCAGUCAGCCCUCAGUGCAAACUUUUGCCAAAUAGUUUCAGCAAAAUUUCUUCCUACUGAAAGAUUUAGAGAAUCAGGAUAUUCAAUAUAUGCUUCAUAAAAGCUUAUGAUGAUUGAUAGGUUCUCCUUUCCUCCAAAUGAUUACUCUCAGUAUGCUGUGUAGAGUGGAAAAGCCUUUAGUGGGUUUUCAUGGGGAUGGUAAGUCACAUCAUUGUCUACAUCUUUUCCUUGAGAAUCUCUCCCAGGCUGGAAAUGUGGCAGUACAGUAAUCAUGGGAGCUCCUAAGAACAAACCUAAUUUGAAUGUUCUUUCUCCUACAAAAAGGGGAGAGGAGAGAAAAGGUUUCCUUAUAUAUUUAAAAUUGUGAUUGUUAUUCUGAUACAAUUUUAAGUUUCUUUAAAAUGUGAUGUUAAAGUUUAUGUAUACUUUUAGCAUUACCUAAGAGGCUAGAAAAAAGGGAUAAAUCUUCAGAAAAACAUCAGUACAUUUUCAAAUUUAAACUUGAACCCCAGUUCAUCUUUAGCUUUUGUUGUGCGUUUUAAAAGCUUUUUUAUUUUUGAUACACAGAAUGCAGUCAAACUUGAUCUUUUAAAAUGAAAACAUGUAAGCUUAUCAGCAAAAGAAAAACACAAAACUGCACAGUUGUAAUAAUCAAAUAGCAAUUAUACUGCACAAUUCAGUGAUUGUAAGGUAUCCUGUAACAAGCAAUGUUUGUCUCCUAUUUUUUGAUACCUCUUAAACUUAUGUCUUUUAGAAAGACAGUGCCUCUGUAUGCUUUUUGUAUUUUUACCAAGUGUAAAUAUUUGUUAUAUUUUUGGUUAAGAGAAUGUAAAAGUACCAUUUAUUAUUAUCAUAUCUACUAAUACAUUGGUGGACUCAAUAAAGAAUCUACAUUAA